AUGAUAGGGAGGCUGCAGAAAAUAAAUAUGCAAAGUGGGGAAACCAUCGGUGAAGUCGACAAGGUGUUCAUUGCGGCUUCACCCGUGGAAACGAUGGUUACGUGUGGCCACUACGUGUGGAUGGCCUUAGCGACCGGCGCGGAAGUGCGCAAUGCCCGCUCUGCUGAGCCCGUACAUGGAUGGAACACCAACUCACAGAACGACAAGGGGACUGGUGGUAUCUUGUCGCUGCUUACCGUGCCGACGCGAAGCAAAGGUUCGCAGGUGUGGAUGGGUCUCUCAAACGGCAGCGUCGAGGCGUACGAUGCGCAGUCAUUCCUGAUGGUGCGGCAGCUGGCGCGGCACGCCGGUGGGGUGUACUGCCUCGCGGAGUUCGGCGGCUACGUGUACUCGGGGAGCAGCGACUUCAAAAUCGCGCAGUGGGACGCCGAGGAUGGGCGGCUUGUGCGCAUGCUGCACGGGCACAACAACUACGUACGCUGUCUGUACGCGGAGGGUAGCGCGGUUGUGAGCGGCUCCGACGACUGCAGUGUGCGGGUGUGGGACGCGGGGAGCGGGGAGGCGCAGCUGACGGGGCAUUUCCACGGCCGCGCGGGUGUCUCUGCGCUGUGCCGCGUCGGUGUGACGAUGUGGUCGGGUGACGAUGCGGGGCGUGUGAUUGCGUGGAAACUGAGCACGUGCGAGGCGCUGCGUGUCCUGCAAGCGCACGGCGGCCGCGUCGCCUCGCUGCGCAAGGUCGGCUCGCGCGUUUACUCUGGUGGGGCGGACGGCAUCAUUGCCGUGUUUGACGCGGAGGACGGCCAGCUGCUGCAGCGUGUCGAGGACCACCGAGGCGGCCGCAUUACAGCUCUUGUUGCUCCAUCCGAGCUGCGUCGUUUCUGCAUCUGGUCGAGCGGAACAGAUGGCAUGGUUCGUUGCUGGUAUCACGACGAGUAUGUGUCUAUGACGGAUGAUCAGGAGAGAUUCACUGAAGGUUUUUGGUAUCUUACUGGCUCCACGCCAUAUCGUGAGUUUCGCGAUAGUGUGGUGAAGCACUGUAAUGCUCUGCGCGAGAAGCUGAGGGUUGCAGAGAGAGAAAACGCACGCAUGUUGGAUGUGGUGAGUCUCUCCAAUGCGUCUCUGAGUCCGAGUCACGUACAACAGCAGGAGGCAAAGCUUCAGGUAGAGUACCGCUUCGCCAAAGAGCGACAGGGAAUUGUCGAAAGUGAUCUUCAGAAGGGGAGAGAGACGAUGCAGCGGCUCGAGAAAGAGACAGCCACUGUUCUUGAACUUCUACGUGUGGCCCAAGCCGAAUUAAGAGUGUUGGAUCCGACCGCAGUCUUUGCCACCCCGGGGAUGAUGGUUAACGUUAAUAGUGGUGCAACAGAAGGAAGCACAAUACCGUUUUCCUCUUCCACGAGGGCUGGUGGGCAGACCCUGGGCGUCUCGUCACUGCCUCUAGGUGUUUCGGUCCCUGGGGUCGGAACCUUACCGACGGUCCCUCCCAGCGGUGUUGCAGGCGCUGGAACGGCAGAAACUUUAACUUCACAGGGGGCACCUGCGGUUCCGCCCCCGCUCUCAAACUCCCUGUAUGAGGCUAAGCCACAGCCAUAUUCAGCUAUCACCCAGCCUUUAGGAGGCACUCCAUCAACUGCAGAAUCUGCGCAACCUUCCUCUUUGGUGACCCAGCCACUAGGAAGCAUUCGAUUUACGGGAGCGACGCCACCACUCUCUUCAGCUGUCGCACAGCCUUUAGGGGGCACUGCUUCGACUGCAGAAUCUGCGCAACCUUCCUCUUUGGUGACCCAGCCAUUAGGAAGCACUCGAUUUACGGGAGCGACGCCACCACCCUCUUCAGCUGUCGCACAGCCUUUAGGGGGCACUGCUUCGACUGCAGAACCUGCGCAACCUUCCUCUUUGGUGACCCAGCCACUAGGAAGCAUUCGAUUUACGGGAGCGACGCCACCACCCUCUUCAGCUAUCACUCAGCCUUUAGGGGGCAAUGCUGCUGUCGUGGGAGCAGUAGCAACACCGCAGCCGUAUUCUUCGACUCUUCAGACGUGGGGCAAUACGGGAGUUGUACCAGGAGGAGUAGCACCACAACCAAGCACUGCGCAAGGUCCAGGUGUGUCAGGUGCGGCAGAUGUUCUCGCGUAUCCGAGCUCUGGUGCAGUUGGUGGCGCCUCUGCAACCGCGACUCCGGCAGUUCCCUCGAUGUUUCCAGGCGCAGUCGCAAAGCCGUGCCCAGUGGACGGUGCACCCGCCGGCCUCCCACCCGCGCAGGUGCCGCCGCGGGAAGGCAUAUCAUUGGAUGCGUUGGCACGCGCCGCAGCCGUAGAGGGAGGUGGCGGAUGGCAUGGCGUGCAGUGGACGAAUAAGAACGUUGGGUAUUACAUCCAGCGACGUUAUUAUGGUGCGGAGCCCAGCCUUCGAGCGCCCGCCCUUGAAAAGCGACAGCUGCGUCAAAAGCGAAUGCCAAGCGUCAAGGUGGAACCCCGUAAAGUGAAGAAAAACACAGAGUAG